UCUGUGCCUUGUCAGUAUUGCAAUGUCAUGGACGAGACCAGACAUAUCAGAGUGCCAACAUCCAAUCUUAGCGGUUCGUCAUUUCCCACGAUCAACAUGUCUUACUAUGCAUUUUCUCUGGACGGCUUCUCUCACCUCCGCAUCGCGGCGGCGCUGUAAGCCCGCCCACAGCCCAGACCAUUUUCUCUGCCCAUCUCGCGUCGUCUCUGGAGCGCUCAUAUCUUGAUGAAAACCCACCUUCUCCGAAUCCCUCCUCACAAGAACGCACCACCACCAAAGCUCGUUCCAAUGUCACCCAACGACGAAGCAGAGCCCCAGCCCUCAAUACUCAUUCAUGAUGACUCUUCUCCAGUCUCUCCUAACAUACCAACCCUCCUCGUUACGGAUCAGGUGAUGGCCACCGACACCGACCUGCCGUCUACGUCCAGCACUCCACCAACAUCAGAACAGAACGUCACUCCGGCACACUUGUCGAGUUCCGGUUCAACCGCAGGCGUACAAGUCGGCGUCAACUCCCUUCCACGACUAAAGACACUGCUACACCGAGAAAGCGAUUUUCGUAACAGCUCGACCACAGAACUGCGAGACCUCAAAAAUGACAUGAUGUGCAACUGGCUCCAUCAGCAACAGCUCGAGCGGAUGUGGUCGACCAAUGGCAUUGAGGAGGGCGUCAUGUUGAAGAAAGCAAAAGACGACUACAAAUGCGCUCCAGAAGACCUUCGCUCCCGUCCGGACGGCUUGUUUGGUGCAGUGCAAAAGCUCAACGUCAAGUGCGCGAUGACAGUAAACACGGCCAUCAUCAAACUCUUUCUCCAUGACAACUCGCUCAAGUAUGUGCCCCUGGAGUCGGGGCUGCGCCUUCAAAUUCUGCCCAGCAUCUCGUACUUGCCCGAAUGCCAGAAGCACCACUUUGCCGCCUUCAUCCAGGAUUACAAGAUCCUCGUGGUCUGGGAUGACGACCCCAAUCAUCUCUUACAACGCGUCCAAAACAUCGAAGAACAGCUCAUCAGCAUGGUCUGGAAAGAACAGGCCGAUGACGACGAAUCUGCCCCUCCAUACACAAGCGCAAUGCCCAGCACGGUCAAUCUGAACAGCGGCGAAGGAGAGCAAGAUGUCGAAAACACAACGGUCCUCCCACAUCGACGAAUCGUUCUAAUCCAACCCAUACUCACAGCCAUCACAUUGAUCCUGCUCAUCAGCGCCAUCAGCACCGGCUGGCGAGCGAUGGCGAUCGAAAUCAAAGUCGACAAGAACUGGUUGCGGCUCGCAUUUCUGCUUGUCGUCCCUCUCCAAUGCUGGCUAGGUCUGUUCUUCAUGCAAUCCACCGCAUCAUGCGUAGCUCAGAUUUUGGGUCCCAUCAGCCAAAUGUCGGCCAAUACCAAGUUUUUCUCAGGCCAAGCGCCACCCCGUCUACCACUCACUGCAUCCUUCCCGCACGUCACGAUCCAAUGUCCAGUAUACAAGGAAGGAUUGAAGUCAGUCAUCGACCCAACAAUCAAGUCUAUCAAGGCAGCCAUAUCCACAUACGAAAUGCAAGGAGGCACCGCCAACAUCUUCAUCAACGACGACGGCAUGCAACUCAUUCCGCCUGAGCAGGCCCAGGAGAGACGCGAGUACUACGACGAGCACAACAUAGGCUGGGUCGCCCGACCAAGACAUGAUUCCAAGCCAGCCAAUGAUGAACGCGCCUUCCUCAGAGCGGGCAAGUUUAAAAAGGCGUCCAACAUGAACUAUGCAUUGAACGUGAGCGCUCGAGUCGAAGACAAACUGUUUCAGGUUGUCCGCCACGACUCCUGGACAGCAGAGAACGAGCGCGAAGCUUACGACAACGCUUUAGCCGAAGUCAUUCGUGAGGAUGACGGACGUACACAGGCUGAAGGCAAUGUUCGUAUAGGCGACUACAUCCUGCUCAUCGAUUCCGAUACCCGCGUGCCGGUCGACUGCUUCCUCGACGCGGUCAGCGAGAUGGAACACUCUCCAGAAGUGGCGAUCAUCCAGUUUGCUUCAGGCGUCAUGAACGUCACGGACAGCUGGUUUGAACAGGGCAUCACCUUCUUCACGAAUUUCGUGUACACGGCCAUUCAGUACGCUGUGUCGAACGGGGACGUUGCUCCAUUCGUGGGACAUAACGCCUUUUUGCGCUGGUCAGCAGUGCAGGAUGUCGCAUUCACGGAGACCGACGUGAACGAUGGCACGACAAAAGAAAAGUACUGGUCUGAAGCCACUGUUUCCGAGGACUUUGACAUGGCUCUCCGGCUACAGACGAGCGGAUAUAUUCUGCGUCUAGCUUCGUAUACGGGUCAGGGGUUUAAGGAAGGCGUCUCUCUGACCGUCUAUGAUGAACUUGCGCGCUGGGAGAAAUACGCAUAUGGCUGCUCGGAGUUGAUCUUCCAUCCCUUCGCGCAGUGGUUCACCAAGGGCCCUUUCACACGUCUAUUUCGCAACUUCAUCGCCAGCAACAUGCCACUGCCUUCGAAGAUCACUAUCAUGGCGUACGUGGGCACAUAUUAUGCUCUCGGGUCGGCUUGGUUGCUCACGCUACUCAAUUAUUUCCUUAUUGGUUGGUUCAAUGGCCAUCUGGAUCAUUAUUAUGUCGACAGCUUCACUAUCUACUUUUCCCUGAUCGUCAUAUUCACUGGCAUGGGUAAUCUUUCGCUGGCGGUCAUGAGGUAUCGCAUCGAGGAGAAGACUUUGGCUUCAGCAUGCCUCGAAAGUUUGCGCUGGAUUCCGCUACUCACGAUCUUCUUGGGUGGCAUUUCGCUGCACGUCUCUCAAGCCAUCUUGAGCCAUCUGUUCAGCGUGGAUAUGAGCUGGGGAGCCACGAGUAAGGAAGCCACCGACACCAGCUUUUUCAAGGAAGUCCCGGUCGUCUUGCGCAGAUUCCGUUUGACGUUUGCCUUCUGUACCGCUCUGAGUCUGGCAUUGAUCGUCCUGUCAGGAUUUGGACCAGUUGGCAAGUUGGUUCCGUAUGAUUGGCAAAUAACGCUCUUCACUGCCAUUUGGCCUCUGGCAGUAGUCAUUGGUAAGACUCUCCUGCACCAUGAUUCUCCCGCGCCUUUCUGACAAGAGUGUUUCUAGUCUCGCAUGCAUUGCUGCCGCUUGUGCUGAAUCCCGGUUUGAUGCAGUUCACAUUCUGAGUCUGGAGAAUUGGUGAACUUCAUAUUAGUGAAGCAGGAUCGAAUAAUUGGAUGGGGGGGUUGCUUUUGACAUCUGAUCAUUGU